GUUACGCCACAGAACAAUAAGUGAACAUUUUUUGCGGGGUAAUGCUGUGUGAUGUUGUGCGUGACCUGACUGUACUUUGCAGCGGAUCUGCAACAGCAAACCAUACUUUAUUCAAGUAUUUCGUUCGUGAUUUCUUGUCCAUAGUCAACAUAAAAGAUGGCCCAGUGGUGCCAGCUGCAACUACUGGAGUCUAAAUACCUGGAGCAGGUCGACCAGCUCUAUGAUGACUCCUUCCCCAUGGACAUCAGACAGUACCUCAGCAAGUGGAUUGAGAGCAUUGACUGGGAAAAUGUGGCUGUUCAGGACUCCUUAGCAACAGUACGUUUCCAUGACCUGCUAGCCCAGCUGGAUGACCAACACAGCCGCUUCGCCCUGGAGAACAACUUCCUGCUACAACACAACAUCCGCAAGAUCAAGAGAAACCUCCAGGACCACUUUCAGGAGGACCCUGUUCACAUGGCCAUGAUCAUCUCCAGAAACCUGAAGGAGGAGCAGAGGAUUCUGGCUGCUGCCAAAAGCAUAGAGACUGACAGAGAAAACACACACACUAGCAUGGUUUUGGAGAAACAAAAGCUGGACAACAAAGUGAAAGACAUGAAAAACAAGGUUCAGGAAGCGGAUCAGAAUAUAAAGUCUCUGGAAUACCUUCAAGACGAACAUGACUUUAAGCUAAAUACUCUUAAGAACAGAGAACAUGAAAUUAACGGGCUCACACUGAAACAGCUGGAACACGAGAAGCAGCUGAUUGUAGAGAUGUGUUUCAAGCUGAAGUUCAAGAGAGGGGAAGUGGUUGGCCAGUUGGCGGAGGUGCUUAACAUGGCAGAGGCGGUCCAGUCAGACCUGAUCUCAGAGGAGCUGCCUGAGUGGAAGAAGAGGCAGCAGAGCUCCUGUAUCGGAGGACCACCCAACGCAUGUCUGGACCAACUGCAGAGCUGGUUCACAGCGGUGGCGGAAAGCCUACAGCAGGUGAGGCAACAGCUGAAGGAGCUCCAGGAACUAGAGCAGAAGUACACAUACGACAACGACCCAAUCACACAGCAGAAAGGCUUCCUGGAGGGGCGGGCCCUGGCACUGUUUCGGAACAUCCUAGAACAUUCAUUGGUGGUGGAGAGACAGCCCUGUAUGCCCACACAUCCACAGAGACCCCUGGUGCUGAAGACACAGGUGCAAUUCACUGUCAAGCUCAGAUUUCUUGUGAAGCUCCAGGAAUUCAACUAUCAACUCAAAGUGAAAGCUUUGUUUGACAAGGACGUUACAGAAAAGAAAGGGUUUCGUAAGUUCAACAUAUUGGGGACCAACACAAAGGUUAUGAAUAUGGAGGAGUCAAAUGGAAGCUUGGCUGCAGAGUUUCGCCAUUUGCAACUGAAAGAGCAGAAAGUAGCCGGCAACAGAACAAAUGAGGGGCCUCUCAUUGUGACAGAAGAGCUGCACUGCAUCUGCUUUGAGUCUGAACUCAACCAGUCAGGUCUGGAGCUCAAGCUAGAGGCCAUCUCCCUGCCAAUCGUGGUCAUCUCCAACGUCAGCCAGCUGCCCAGUGGCUGGGCCUCCAUCCUGUGGUACAACAUGCUGACCAGCGAGCCGAAGAACCUGAAGUUCUUCCUGAGCCCUCCUGCAGCAUCCUGGGGUCAGCUGUCUGAGGUGCUGAGCUGGCAGUUCUCCUCUGUCACCAAGAGGGGACUCAAUGAUGAGCAGCUAGGUAUGCUGGCUGACAAACUACUGGGCCAGAAAGCACAGAGGAAUCCUGAGGGCCUUAUCCCCUGGACCAAGUUCUGUAAGAGUAUCAGUGAGAAGAGCUUUCCCUUCUGGCUGUGGAUCGAAGCUAUCCUGGACCUCAUCAAGAGACAUCUGCUGUCCCUGUGGAACGAUGGUUGCAUUCUGGGCUUUGUGAGUAAGGAGAGGGAGAAGUCCAUGCUGACUGGGAAGUGUCCAGGCACGUUCUUGCUGCGCUUCAGUGAGAGUAGCAGAGAUGGAGCCAUCACAUUCACUUGGGUGGAACACGACCUAUAUGAUAAGCCUGUAUUCCAUGCAGUGGAGCCCUACACCAAGAAGGAGCUGUCUGCCGUCUCUCUGCCUGACAUCAUCCGCACCUACAAGGUGAUGGCAGCUGAGAACAUCCCAGAGAACCCACUCCGCUUCCUCUACCCAGACAUCCCCAAAGACAAGGCCUUCGGAAAGUACUACGCCAGGGCCACAGAGGCAUCGGAGCCCAUGGAUGUGGAGAGUCCCACCACAACAGGAUACAUGAAGACAGAACUCAUAUCAGUGUCAGAAGUUCACCCAUCUAGACUGCAAGACAACAUGAUGCCCAUGUCGCCAGACGUGUUCGGAGAGCUGAAGAGGAGUGUUGCACCAGUGCUCCAGUGUUGGAAUAGUCCUAAGGAUAUUGAUGCUGUGCCAUCUGAUCUCGGAGAGUUUUUACCUGAAGACUUUCAGAUGUUUGAGAACAUGCCUAACUUGGACAGCAACUGAGCCAACGGACAUGUGGGACCUGAUCAUUUAGUCCAGAACAUGUUUUAUAUUGAAGCCUAUUUCAUUUUGUAUUCUUUACUCUCCUUGAACUUCAGUAGUCAUGUUGCAGAACAUAUAAACUUUUUUUGUACGGAGUCAGUUUGAAAGAUAUACAAUUACAGUAGAAAUAUACAUUAUAUAUUACACUCACUGGAAACAAUUAGAUAUUUUGGUGAUAAUGUGUAUAAACAUAAAACACUUAGCUAACUACUGUAACAUUCAUAUAAUGACUGAAUAGGCGCUCCUAAGUCUUUCCAUGUCCAUAUUCAACCAUAUACAGUCCUGUGUGGCUCACUUGCGACGCCACGGUUGUGGGUUCGAUUCACAGUAAGGGAAAAAAAGGUCUGAAAAUGUAUGCACUCACUACUUGUAAGUCACUCUGGAUAAGACCAUCUGCUAAAUGACCCCAAAAAAAGAAUAAAAUGAGAUAUUAUCCAUC